CAACUUCCUGUUCAAACAGCAAAUGCAGGAAUGACAGGAAURACUGAAUAUAUAAGAUACCGGAAAUGACGGCACAGUUUCCACAGGGAUCCCACAGUGUUAGUUCCCAGUACAUCGUGUUUCCUCUCAAACAAGAUGGURGACGAAAUAGUGGUUGUGCAGUUAGAAGUUUGCAAAAUAUAAGAUGAAUAGAAUAAAAUAUUUAGGUAUGGAGUACUGCCAAGAAACUGUUAUCAUACAGUCAGCCUUCUUGCUUGCAGGAAAAAUGAUGAAUCUUGAGCAAAGCCUUCAGAAACACGAAUUUGUUGCAGUUGUGAAGAUCAUCCAAGGAGCCAUUAAUGAAAUAUCYGAAGGAUUAUCUAUCACAAAAGCAAAAAAUACAGUACUACCUAUAGAAACCUAUGCUCUUCAUCGAAAAAUCCAUCUUUGGCUGUACAAGGCAUGGCGCAAUUGUCGUUCCUCCAACAGUACUGAUGCAGGCUUUCUGGAAWGUUUUCCAGCCCUACCAAAGUUUGGCACAGGUUUAUAUGUCUUGAUUGUGGAAGAAAUGGGCUGGGAAUUGUUACUUGCUGAGUGUUUAAUCAAUACACAUGAAGAGGUUUUACCAUUUGUUCUACAAGAUAUYGUGGCCACUACCGUUUCUUUCCAAGACAGUGGUUUCUUUACUUUGUUGUUUGACUGCUUACUACCCAGUUUUACAUCAAAGCAAARUUGUCACACAAACUGUUCCACUUUGGUUCAGGUACUUUUGGAAGGCUUGACAUCACUGUGUGAAUAUAUCACUGACAAGAAUCAACAACUUCAUGUCAUAAAAAGGUUGAUAGAUUUUGUCUUUCAAGGGUUUCAAUGUCAUAUGAAAGAACAUUCAAAUACUUGCUCAGUCAAUCAAAUUGAAAUGGAAAGAAAGAGGUUGGUUGUUAGUGGUGAAGAGGUUAAGUCAGACUCAGUUGUUCACAUUGACAGUACCAUAGAAGACAAGCAUGGCUCAAGAUCAGCUGACAAUGAGUUGACUUGCUGGUGUACAGACUCCAAUGUCUUGUAUUGUUUGAAGGUUUUGAUGAAAUUAUUUACAGAUCAAUGGAAGGAKAUAUGUAACUGGACAACAGACAAUAAAUGUGAUAUAGGACAGAUGGACAGUGCCUUGUGGCAUCCACUACACCAGUGGAUAUUAAAACUAUAUGGUGUUCUUGGUUUUAUCAUCAAUGCUACUACAUUCAAUGCUUCACAAGAUUCAAGAAUGUGGUUAUUUUACAAUGGACUAGCUGUGUAUAUUGAUGCAAAUGCAGCCACUUCUGAGAGUGAGUGGUUGUGUAAUCAACAGAAGGGAUUUAUGUCUGACGGCAUUGAUCUUAACAGUCUUGAAAAUGAACAAAUUGAUAUGUCAGGGYCUAGUAAGACAUUCAUGUUCACCCAUGGAUCAUUAGAAGAACAGCUUGACGAUGCCAUCUGGAGAGUCAAACACAAUCUAGAGGGAUCUCUAGACAGUCUUAAUUGGUUAUUAACAACAGAAGAACUAUUUGACAAUCCUUCCUGGCUUCAAUGUAUAAAAGACAAUGUUGUAAAGAUGGGACAUAAAGAUCAGGCAAUAAUGAUGGUUGAUAUUCUUUGUGUCCAGAGGCAAAUCAUUGAAAGUGCACCUGAAUAUGAUAAUGGUGGUUUUGAUAUCAUUAAAGAGCUGGUUAUUGCCCUGUUCAAUGAUCUGUCCAUGCCAGACCAGGAAGAGCUCAUAAAAUAUGCAUUCUCAAUGUCAUUAGUGUCUGCUCUUGAUGUCACUUGUGACUCUGUUUUCUUCCAUCCAACUCAACUUCAGAAAGAUAAGAAAAAGCUGCAGGAUGAUCUACAAGUUCUAUUCAACAAACUUGUUGACAGCAGUUUAGUGUCUGCUUUCAAGAGACAAGUGAGAAGUAUCAAGCAAUUGUCUUUUUUGUCUCCAUAUAUUACACUCUAUAAGGCAYUGCAACUAGGUGUUCAAUAUGGACAGACAACAACUAUUGUGAAGAUAUUUCAAGAGAUACCAGUUCUUUGUUUUCUGUGUUCAAAUGGUACAACCAUCCCAUUGUUGUGUGAAAUAUUAGCAUCGAUAGCAACAGAACUACCAAGCAAACAAGAAGAAAAUAACUUGAUGAAACUCGUACAGAUGCUGCUACAGAGGUACAGAAAUGCCCACUUACCAGGAACAAGUCAACCUCUAUUGGAAAAGUCCAAUCUCUACACUUCUUGUAUUCUCCCUUUCAUGAAUCUCCAUGGAAACAAGAAGCCARUACCUACGAAGACUGCUCUUAAGCUCUUGAAGACAACAAUGAAUACUAUUGAUCUCAAGAAUCAGACAGAAAAAGCAUUUGUCUUGAGAUACCUUAUUCCAAUAGUGCUUGCACUCUGUAGACUGCUUAGUGACUGCAAGGUAGACUGGGAAGAGAUGGGUUCUAAUCCAAUGAAUGUAGUGGAGYUAAGAAGCCUAGUGCUUGUCAACCUUGAAGAAUCAAUUCAUGUAAUGCACAGUAUGUUUCAACGUACACCUACAGGACUCAUUCACCCUUUGGAGUGGUUACAUAACAAGUUACUUACUAUAGGCUGGACAGCAGUUCUUUAUGUCAAACCUCUACUUGAACUCUUGCCUACCAAACGUCAGUAUUCCAUCCCAAAGUGUGUUAUAGAAUUCUGUGAUCUACCAACUGAAUCCUGGACUCCAUGUGUGAAUGGGUCUGAUUAUAAUGUGGUUGAUUGUCUGUUUGAAUGCUGUGUUAYAUCAGAUACAAUCUCAUCCCAAAUGAUCGAUGCACUUGAGAAAAAAAGUUGGUCGUCAGUGGAUAUCAGCUUAAAAGAACAAGUCAUUAGAAAACUAAGCCAGGUAAUGACGUUCAUCACGUGGUCAGAGAUGAGCAGGAUCGUCUCUCUAUGUACGAUCCUGAUUCGAAAGGUCCAAAUAUCUUUAGAGCUCUUCUCUGUUCACGACAAGACUCCGCUCUCAUCGUUGCCUGACCUUCCCGCCAACCUUAAUGGUAUUGUCGUUAUGUCAAGCAUACUACAUCAAGUCUUCAAGCUCCUACUGAAGCCAAACACAGUCAUGUUAGGCAACGUGAUCAAACUCUACGUAUCUACAAUCAAACAAAUGUGUCAAGUACUCCUCACUGAUCCUGGUCUUGAUAAGUGUUUAUCAGGUGACGUCAUAGCCCGUAUGUUUGAUGACCUCUGUCACGUGGUAUGUAUAGUUCCCUUGGAAGAUACAGAUCCAUUAUUUAUUCUCGCAUUGGAUAUUGCUUCUAUGGUAAGUGGACGUCACGUUGUUUCUCUCAAACAAUCUGUUGCUAUGGUCCCUAAAAGUGUCUACACGGAGUCAUUAGUACAGAAACUGGAGACGAGAAUGCUAGUCCAAUGAUCUCAGUGAAAGCAAAUACCGGCGUGG